GGCGGGGGGUGUGGCGGCUGCAGAGAGGCGGCGGCGCCGUGCCGGCCAUGGCGGAGAAGGUGGUGAUUCGGCCGUGCCGAGCCGAGGACUGCCGGCAGGUGGUGCGCCUCAUUCGGGAACUGGCAGAGUUUGAGAACCUGUCUGAGCAGGUAAAAAUCAGUGACCAAGAUCUUUGUGAAGAUGGAUUUGGCCAGGACCCCUUCUACAAAUGCUUGGUGGCCGAGGUGCCCCCAGAGUGCCACAGUCAAGAGGGCCACACAGUCGUCGGCUACGGCCUUUAUUUCUUCACUUACAGCACCUGGAAAGGAAGGAAUAUUUACAUGGAAGAUCUCUACGUGAUGCCAGAAUUUCGGGGAAAAGGGAUCGGGAAGAAGCUGAUGAGCUCAAUUGCCCAGGUUGGCUUGGAGCAGGGCUGCUCCCAGAUGAGGUUCGCGGCGCUGGACUGGAACCGCUCGGCCAUUGACUUCUACCUCCGCCAAGGGGCCGUGGACCUGACCGCCACGGAGGGCUGGCACUUCUUCCGCUUUGAGGGAGACGCUAUGCGGGGGCUAGCCCGGGGGGAGUCGGGGUCGGACCAAGUCCCUGCACCGGUGUGAAGGGUGGCGGGGCAGCGAUCUCUACACUGAGCGGGCGGGUCAGGAAGUUCCCCUUCCCCAGGUCUCCCCUGGAGGAGCCCUGGAGCUCCUUAAUCCUGUGGGAGUCCGGUGGGGUGGAGGGAGGAGCCCCCCUUUCACCAAGGCCUUGUGAACUGGCUCUCGCGUAGAAAUUAAAACACAAAUGA